CUUGAGGUCGUCCCAGUCCUUUCAACUCCCCUCCCCACCUUCUCCCUCCGCCUCACCUUCUCUCGACGGUCGACGCUAUAGCUUUUCCCUCAAGCGCACGCGCCAUGGCGAGAUCACGAGACACCAGGCUCAGGCUCACGCUCCUCCUCGUCGCCCUUCUUCUGCUAGUGGACAUGGCAAGCGUCAGCCAUGGCCGACGGACACCCGACGUGGAUGCCAUGGCCCUCGUCGGCGGCGGUCCACCACCGGCGAAGGCCUACUCCUCCGAGCAGGCGUCUUUGUCGACCGCAAGGCAGCAUACGGCUCGUGUUUAUCGGCGCAUGCACACGGUGUCCAAGAGGUUGGUGCCCCAGGGGCCGAACCCACUGCACAACUGAGCCUGAGCUGCCCCAGCUGAGACUCUCUUCUACCCUGCAAAGAGGAGAAUUAGAGACGCAGUUUGUGCUCGGUUGCUCGCGGUCACCUUCAUCUGAGUGAUGUGAAAUAGAACACUCAGGGGUAUAGAAGUACUCUUGUAUGUAAUAGUAUUUGGCAGUUAAACAAGUAAAAUGGGAACGGAUAGGGCCUCCGACUCUCCGGGUGUCCAUGGUGAAAAAUGUACUGAAAUGUGUGCAAAUGUGUUUAUUGGAGUGAUGCACUGUGCUAGUCAAA